UAAUUGAAUUUAUUCUUGAACAAUCAGCUCGUAUACAGAGCUUUUGUGAAGCGCGAUAAGAGGAAGACUAAAUGGAGAAUCCGGCGCCAUCUCACAACUUCCAGUAUAACUUCACUCGCGGCCCUUUUCAUGUGUCGUAUUUUUAUCGAUUGAGAAUAACUUUGCAAUAAAAAUAUAUACAAAAUUAAGCUUGACGUGAAACAAUGUUUGACAAUUCUCUUUCACCCGAGACGAAAGCCUCAAAAGAGGAUUAUUUAUUGUCAAGAGCAAAGGAGGCUUUACACACUGACAUUUACGCAGCAAAAUCCUGGCUAAUCACAGCGAAAUCAUUAUUCCCUCACAGUUCUAAAGUACAGUUUGAAGCCUAUCGAAUAGAAAAACUCUCAAAAAAUGUAAAGGAGGCUGCGAAAUGUUUUAGUGAAAUUUUUCAAAAUUUUCCUGAGGAUCGUGAAAUUUGGGCGGAAAUAGAGACAGUGACAGCCUGUCUUCGUUCAGAGAAAAAUGAUCCAGAGUCCGAGUUGCUUUGUAAGAUGUUUCAACACAUUCCUCAAGAGCUUCAACACCGAUUGCUCGUUAUGACAGCCGAUCACAGUGAAGACACAAUGGAGCACUGCAAACUAUUGCUCUUGCUGUUGAAAAAAUUUCCUCAAACUAUUUCAACUCAUGGUCCACGUCUCGUUGAAACUCUACUGACAGCUGAGAAACACAGUCAUCCCGGUGAAGCUGUGAAUGAUUUUCGCAGACUCUUAGCUUGCGAAGCCCUACCACUUUUGGGAGGAGCCCCUGUAGAUUUAAACCCUCGAUUAUGUCUACGACUCCUUUGCAAAGCUGUGGAAUUCUUUCUAACAUACGUCCAACAACCACCAGACUGUCAGAUAACCAAUCCCUGGGAUCGUUUAUUCCAAGUUAUCGACAUUAUUGGUAAAAAACUUGGCUGGGAAUUGAGCAGUUUAUUCUCUACUCCGUGGAACGAAGAGACUUACUGCGAGAGAAUCCAACAGUACGCGGUCACUCAUGCCAAUGGACUCAGUGAUGAAGCUACUGUAAGACAGUUACUACUGUGUGCAAUUGCAGUGUUAAUUAGAAUAUUAAAUGAGCAUGCUCCUCAAAUGAAUAGUUAUGAUGUGCCUUACUGCCUGGUUGAGGCAUUCACAGAGCCAAUAUUAUCUACAACAGAAUCAAAACCGAAGAAACGCAAAAGAGAAGAAAUCAUUUUAACCAGUGACAGUGAGUAUAGUGGCUAUGGACUGACCUCGGCAGUUGGUCUUUGGGACAUAUUACACAGUAGUGAGUACAUGAAGAGGGAGGUAACCAAACUCAGCCAACAAACCCUGAGACUGGAUGCUUGGUUGAAUCCUUUCCUUAUUGACCUAGCUGUAUAUAAAGGAUUACACCAAGAUGCGCUUGCAAGGUUCCCCCAGGCCGGAGGUAGCUUAGCUACUCACUUGAGACUAGCCAGCACUUGCUUCUGUCUCAAAGAUUAUGGAGGAAUGUUGGAUUACAUAGUAAUGAUAGUGAGUGCUUUACCUCAAGUACGCGGAAAAUUAUCAAAUAAUCUUAACGCACCUGCUACUCGUCAUUUGCAUUAUUUAGCUCUUGCAGAACUACCAAUAUUGCAAUACUGCUGUAGAUUACUAUUGAAUGGACUGAAAAGCAAAUUGACUAUUUCCAACGACACUGGCGAUUGGGUAACGGGUAAUUGCCUUGUACUAAUGCAAUUGGAUUGGCCACAAGAGGCCAAUAUCUUGCCCAUCAUAUCUGAGCGUAUUCGUAUGCACGAGGCAUUCCGAUAUCCACUGUUCACCUCGUACAUUAUUUGCAUUGAUAUUCUUGAGGAGCUCACUUACCUGUGGACUGAGAGUGGUGGAGGAGUUUCACUGGACAUUGCUAUCGGAUCCGAGGUGCUGCAGGGUAGGAGGAUAACAACUCGGGGUGCUGAUAAGGGAGUUCGGGAGGAAGUCAGACAAGCCAUGAGACGACAGGCCGCUCGACAAGAUGUUGAUCCUAUAAAUGAAUUAAUUAAAAGAUUCAUAAUUAAUGAGAAGGCUGCUAUUUCACAUAGCUUAAUGCUCAAAUGAAUUCGCUUUACUGUCUAUAAAUAAAUUACAUUUGCAUAUUCUAA